AUGACAAACGACUUAACGAAGGACGAAAUAAGUUCCGAGAGCAACAUCCCAAACGUAUCGGACGAAGAGUUGCAAUUUCGUCAGCAGAUCAUCGACUAUGUAGCCCUAAUCGAGCACUAUCCUGAUUCAAAGCAGUUAAACAAUAUUUCGGCCGAGCGAGUCCUUUGUUGUGCACAACAGGGCUGUUUCGAUGGUUGGUAUCCAGCCGAGAACCGCGAACGGAGGGCGGAGGAACUUCAGCAGAAACUCGUCGACAAAAUGUUGUCGAGUCGCGGAUGCCGCAUCGAGAAUCUUGUCUACAAUUUGAAUGCUCCCAACUCAUUGUACGACUUGCCCGACGACGGGUGGUUGCACUCGGAGUUGCGCGAAACGAUGUCCAAUUCGGACGAUCGAGCCGACUGGAACCCAAACAAGCGAAUUGAGCGCUACACAGGGUUACGUGCCGUCGAGUUUGAUUAUAAUCGAGCGAAGAUUCAAAUUUUUGCCGACAAGUACGAUCCCGAAAAGUCCGACCGGCCGUGUUUGUUCACCAGUCUUGAUGUGGCAGAACUGCUUUGUAUGGGAGAGCUCCAAACCGGACCGUCGUUGAGUAUGGGCCCCGUGGAUCCCAAGAUGGGCGACUUACCCUUCCAGCGUGUAACCUUCUCUCCGUCCUAUAUGUAUUCGUCACGGUUGAUGCGCUGCAUGUUUAUCUGUGACUAUAUUCUUAAAUGGAUGGUGACCGGUUCGGAGAUCCAAUUUAAACCGGACUCAAAGACGGGCAAAUGGUUUGAGACUAGAUCGAUUAAGGACGGACUUUUGAAACACUUGCCGCCUCAAUUGCACGCAUUGGUUGCUGAGUUUCGCGAUGUUUGGACAAAGGUAGGCUGUCAUCGAGUUUGGUUCGAGUCGGAGCGUGUGCCGAUCUUCGAGGAUGUUAACGAGGAUUCAAACAAAGAAACCCACUACUUUGGUGACAUGCGAAUGCUUUUCAAACAACAGAAACAGAAUGUCGAUGACAGUGGUCAGAUGCAAUCAAUGUGGAACAGUCGACCGGAUGAACGCAAAGCUUUUGUUGUUGUUCUAGACUGUUCGGCGAACAUUGUGUCCUACGAGUGCACAUUUUGGGAUUCCAUUUCGAGCGACAAGCCCGUUGCUAAGUUUAAUGUGUUGGACAACGAUGAUGACGAGCUUUUACCCUUGCUUCGUCGCCUCACCCAAUUCGAGACGACAAAACACGGGCUGGUGUCGACGAAAAAGUUUGUGGCUAAAUGUAACACCGAGGACGACCGAGAAGAUAAAACAAAUGAGCGCAUCGAAACUGUUUACAAGGUGCUGCGAGUUGCGUGUCAACGUGUCGGCUUGGAGCACGGCUACUCGCCGCUCUACUGCUUUGUAAAUAUGAUGACUGACAGUUAUGAUCUCCUCGCUCAACACAUUCCGGAGUUCGGGCGUCUACGCGAAUUGUCCAAACUUGUCGCUCUUGUCAAAUUAAUGGCAAGUAGGCGACGCGAACUCGUUGCCGAAGCAGAUAAAGCAGCGGCUGCACAACGCUGGCCGAAACGGUUCUUCACUUCGAGUUCGGAGCGCAAACGGUUGGUGGCCUUCAACAAAGCGCUCGCAGAGAUGCAUUUCGGCUUGCGAAUGGAUGACAAUUUUUCGACAAUCGAACAAGAAGAAAAAUGCGGAACUUGUUACUGGGUACCUGCCUUCCAAUUUGAUCCAAAUGUGCUGCAGAAUGGAGAUGGAACGACCAUGCAAAGACCAGAUUGGAUUUACGGCGGUACCAGUAUGGAGCGUGAAGCUAAACGAGUUAAGCUUGCAAACCAGAUACGCGAGAAUAGAUUCCAGGGGAUCCGAGCUGAAAACUAUGUGCUGGAGCAGUUAAUGCAGGAAGAGGGGACGUACAUAUGUCCGCAGGUUAGACUCGGAUCACGGGCGGAUGGCACAGCACGUGUGGCUGACUUCAUCGUUGUUCGCCCCGUUGUCACAGUGGAUGCUAAUGGAGAAACAACAACUUCAUUACCACUUGGUAGCAUCGAAAUAAUUGAAGUGAAAUCGGGCAACGCACACCGUGAUUCCACACAACUCGCCGUCGAUCAAUGGCACCAAGUGAAUAAUCUCAUUGCAACAGUCGAGAAAAACCUACGUGAUCCAUCGCUCUUCAAAGAUUACAGCACUAAACAACCGCAGUCGAUCAAACACAAAGUGGACUCGCGUAGAUACCUCCUCUUGCCCAUAAAAGGCCAUGGUCUUAAGCGGAUUGAUCCGCCCACUCCGGGAAGCUAUUCCCGGCUGCCGGUCGGCAUU